AUGUCUCCUCCACGGCUCACAGGAGCACUUCGCUCAUUCUCCAUCGUCAGCAAGAAAGAGGAACACAGCACGGAGGUCCUUGACCUUAAGGCCAAGCGUCUGAAGAGACAGGAGCUGUUUGCCAGAGAGGGCCUGACGUGGCAGAAGAUUGACCGAUUCUGCUCCGACCAUCAGGACAAAGCUCAACAGCAAGCUGCCAGCAAGGAUUUGAAGAGCCUCCUUCUGGCAGCCAAACAGAUCGUGGGUGCGGAACACGGUCAGGAGGCCAUCGAGAGCGCGGCCGUCUUCUUGUUUGAGACCUUCCACAACAAAGAGCAUGUGGGCAGCGAGGAGACCAGGGCCAUCCGGCAGAUGUUCGGGCCCUUCCCGUCCUCGGCCGCUGAGGCCUCCUGCGCCUCGGUGGCUCGCCUGGUGGCUCCGCUCGACCCCUCCAGAGUGGAGGACUUCCUACAGAGUCAGCGCUCUCUCAACCCCCGAGGAGACGGCGGUUUCGGACGUAACAUCGCCUUCUCUUACGACUGCUACACGCUGGAACCCGUGGAGGACCUGUGCGCAUCCGGUGCCCAAGACCAGAAGGAACCCUUUGACUUUGUCAACUUCAUCCACGGUAGUCAGAGUGGGAAGAAAAGCGCCAGCGAGGAAGACGCGUCCGGCUCAGGGAGUUCUCCCACCUCCGGGGACGUGUCCAUCCUCCGUACGGAAGUGGAGAAAUAUCUAGACGGAGGGAACAUGAUUUCCUCCAACCCAGAGGAGCUGUGCACCUCCCUGUUUGAGAUGCUGACCUCCCAAACAAGUGACGAUGAACUACAGAAUGAGAAAGUUAAACCUUUCGCAGAGUACCCAGGCCCGGUGGAUCAGUACCGUGGCGUUCUGAGGCCGGUUCUGAUCCAGUUUGCUCUGGCUAUUGCUGUGGUUUGCUGGCUGUGGAAUAAUCACUUCAAAUGA